CUCCUGUCUCCUUCACCCACCGACCGACCUGCCGGCCGGCCGACCGACCCAGCAGCGCCAUGCGGCUGUGUGGGGCGCUCCUGAAGAGCCCCAUCCCCAAACAGAUCGAGUACUACUCACGCUUCUCCCCGUCGCCGCUCUCUAUCAAGCAGUUCCUGGACUUCGGGCGUGAUAAUGCAUGUGAGAAAACAUCAUAUAUGUUCCUGAGGAAAGAACUUCCUGUGCGGCUUGCUAACACUAUGAGAGAAGUCAACUUGCUGCCGGACAACUUGCUGAAUAGACCUUCAGUUAAGCUAGUCCAAAGCUGGUAUAUGCAGAGCUUUCUUGAACUUUUAGAAUAUGAAAAUAAAAGUCCUGAAGAUCCACAUAUUUUAGAUAACUUUUUAGAUGUCUUAAUUAAAGUCAGGAACAGACACAAUGAUGUUGUUCCUACCAUGGCCCAAGGAGUGAUUGAAUACAAAGAAAAAUAUGGCUUUGACCCUUUUGUCAGCAGUAACAUCCAGUAUUUCCUAGAUAGGUUCUACACCAACCGCAUCUCGUUCCGCAUGCUGAUUAACCAGCACACACUACUUUUUGGUGGGGUCACUAAUCCUGCUCAUCCCAAACAUAUUGGAAGUAUUGAUCCUACGUGUAAUGUAGCUGAUGUAGUGGACGAUGCCUUUGCAACAGCUAAGAUGUUGUGUGAACAGUAUUAUCUGGUAUCACCUGAGUUGGAAAUUGAAGAAUUCAAUGCUAAAGCACCGGGCAAGCCUAUUCAAGUAGUCUAUGUACCCUCACAUCUGUUUCACAUGCUUUUCGAAUUGUUCAAGAACUCAAUGCGAGCUACAGUGGAGUUAUAUGAGGGUAAAAGCGAAGGCUAUCCACCAGUUAAAACCUUAGUCACUUUGGGUAAAGAAGAUCUAUCAAUAAAGAUAAGUGAUAAAGGUGGUGGUGUGCCACUGAGAAAAAUAGAUCGCCUAUUUAACUAUAUGUAUUCAACUGCCCCCAGGCCUAGUUUGGAGCCAUCAAGAGCUGUACCUUUGGCUGGAUAUGGUUAUGGUCUGCCAAUCUCUCGUCUUUAUGCUAGAUACUUUCAAGGAGAUCUCAAACUUUACUCAAUGGAAGGUGUGGGUACUGAUGCUGUAAUUUAUUUGAAGGCUCUUUCCAGUGAAUCAUUUGAAAGACUUCCAGUUUUCAAUAAGUCAGCCUGGCGACAUUACAAGACCACCCCUGAAGCUGAUGACUGGAGCAACCCUAGCAGUGAACCCAGGGAUGCUUCCAAAUAUAAAGCGAAUCGAUAACUCACCAGUGUUUUCUACCUGGAUGGCAACACUUACAUUCAGAAAUGAGUCUCUGCUUUGUUCCAAAUCCCAAAGUCCUCUAAUCCACAGUAGUCAAUAUUUCCCUAGAAAGAGCUGUUAUGGGUCUGAAAUAGCAAGAACAUAGGAGAUUUUCAAAGACUGACAUCAUGCAUUUUUGGUGUGAAUAAUUAUAAAUACUUUGCCAAAACAUGCUUGGUUAGUUGAGUCACGAGUGACAAAAUGGAUUGCACUGUGACUGCAGUUAGAUUAUACAAUUGUAUAGUUAAAGGGGUACUAUUUUUUUAAAGGUCAGUUUCUAGUCCUUUGUAAGAAUUGGCAAAAUUGUUUUGACUCCCUAUUUGACAGUAGUGUCUUACACAGCAAUAUAAUGUAACACGCAUAUUCUACUGUAGUUGAAUGUGUGCUUAAACUCACAUUGCUGCAUUUUUAUAUGGUACAGUGUAAUCCUACAUUUAGAAAACAACUAUGGGAGCUCUUCUGGUCUUGUCACCAAAACCAGUAUACAUGCUUAGUUCUUUCAAAAGUUAUUGUACUUUAAAGUGAUUCUUUCCACAAUUCUAAAAGUUCAUUUCUUUAGUGUUUACCAAACUUUCUUGUGUAGCACUGAAACUUUGCAAUAGCUAUCCUGAGGUGCUUUCUUUUUUAAAUACCAUAAAGAAAAGUAGCAUGCUCAUCAGUUUUGGGUACCUGAAACAAUUCCUACUGACCAAGAAGAGAGAAUUAAUUUGGAAUGUGGGAUUCAGCACAACAAAUAUACUUUGUUGUAGGGAAGCACAUCAAGAAUCAAGCCAGGAAGCAAUUGGGGAUCCAGCUAGAUAUUAAAAGGAGGUUGGCUUUAAUGCAUUGGUUGUUUCAAACCCAUUUAAUAGUAAAACUAAAAUAAUUUGUAAAAGGAUUUCAAAAAUGAUGUGAAACCUUAGUAGACUAAACAUUUGAAACACUGAAAUAACAUUUUUAAAAAAUGUUUCUUUCAAGAAAGGGCGUUAUGCUGAAAGCUGAAGACCUGCUUGAACGAGUCAUUGUCAACCACUGCAUCUGAUACUAAGGCUCUAAAGAGAGUAGAAGCAUGGGUUCUGGCAACACCUUUUCACAGGAGCAAAGCUAGAGUGAGGAGUGAGGAUAUCAAAACACCAAAAUACAUUCCUCAGUGUCUGUGUAUUGUAUUUGUAUGUGAAUUGUUUUGACAGAAUAUGAAACAGAAUUUCUAAUUAAAUGCAGUUUGGUCUGUAAGAAAGACAAAGAGAAAGUUAUGUUUUCAAGUAGCUUGUAAAAGCUUCUAUACUAUUCUUUAUUCAAACACAGUAGAAUGCUUAAUUGGCAAUUAAAUCUGAGUACCCCAAUUCCAACUGAGACAUCUGAAAAGCAUUACUUUUAAACUUACUGGGUUUGCAUACCUUUGCAUCAGUGGCUAUUAUAUGCAUGAAUUUUAACCAUGUUUAUGACUGUUUGCAGUGUUUGCACUUAUAUGUCUUUCUGAGCUAUAUGUUCAAUCUUUAAACUCUG